UAUCUUCCUCCCCCUAUCUUGGACAUUUUGAACAAUAGACGACUGGAAGCCGCCAAACGGGCAGCUAUCAUAACCACUGCGUUGAAAUGGCUAUUGGACCAUGUCCCGUUGACCGUCAUCCCACCGCAGUUCCGUCCAGGACUCAUGAUUGCCCAAAGAUUGGUCCCUUAUCUCGGAUAUGUCGGUGGAUUUUUGGCAUGGAGUUGGGGUGCAGUCAAGUCUUUCGACAAAGGAUAUGGCGUUGUGCUCACAGCGACUUGGCUUCUUCCGGUCGCACUCGUACCAGGCACUUGGGAACCAGAUGGCUUUGCUCCUCGCCCAAACAAUGUGGCGGAUGCCAACUCCGCCGAAGGUUGUUCAAAAUCCUCAUGA